UUUGAUCCGCCAUUUCUUGGGCACAUCGAUGUAGAAGGUUUUUUCAUUGUUUCUGUAAAUUGGGCUUUAAAAAGCUAAAAUACCUCCAUUUUCAGAUAUGACGAUAUUAUUUUGUCUCCUACUGUUUGGCUAUGUCUGGGCGGAUACUUUGCCCAAUGGCUGCCCAGCGGACUUCGGAGUCCAUCGCCUCCUGAGACACGAAACGGAUUGCAGUUUGUAUUAUUCCUGCAGCAAUGGACGUAAAAUUCUAAUGCCCUGUCCUGGCGGACUGCUCUUCAACGAAGCUAUACAGGUGUGCGAUUGGCCGCGUAAUGUUAAAUGCAAUUCUGAUGCACCAACAACGACCUUAAGACCUCCAACGACAACUCAGAGGUCGACAACAACUCAGAGGUCGACAACAACGACUCAGAGGUCGACAACAAGUCGACCAUCGCCACCAAACGAAUGCCCAACAGAUUUCAAUGUCAUACUAAAACUCCCUCACACAGAUUGUGAAAAAUAUUACAACUGUAGCGACGGUGUCAAAGUCCUCCUUAAAUGUCCACCCGGGAAAUAUUUUGACAUGGAUUUGCAGGACUGUGAUUGGUCAGAAAAUGUGAACUGUACGCGAGAUCGUCUCCUUCCUAAUGGAUGCCCCGCUGAGUUCCAUGUGAAUAAGAAACUGCCUCACGAGGACGACUGCAACAAGUUCUAUCAUUGCAGUUUCGGUAUCAAAGUGGAGAAAAACUGCCCUCCAACUUUACACUUCAAUCCCAUACUUCAGGUUUGCGAUUACCCUGAAAAAGCUGGUUGUCAAGCAAAUGACGACAAAGGAGACUGGUUGGAAAACGGUUGCCCAUCAAAUUUUUCCGUCCACUGGCUUCUACCCCACGAAGAAGAUUGCUCUAAAUUCUAUUAUUGCGUUUUCGGUAAAAAAGAAGAAAGAACAUGUGCACCCGGUACAUACUUUGAUUAUAAAAUACAGGUAUGUAACCAUGAGUACAUGGUCAACUGUACGGGAUCAUCAAAGUCCACAACAACAACGUUUACUUCAACCACUGAAAUUACGGAAGUGACCGCCAAUUCAACAACGAAAAUCACAGAGAAGACCACUAAGUUACCCACUGCGGCUCCCACAAGUUCUACCACUGAGAUCGUGACCGAAGAUCCUUCGACAACAACCACUGAGAUCGUGCCCGAAGAUCCUUCGACAUCAACCACUGAGGAGGUAACAGACGCUCCCACAAGUUCAACCACUGAGAUCUUGACCGAUGAUCCUUCGACAUCAACCAAUGAGGAGGUAACUGACGCUCCCACAAGUUCAACCACUGAGAUCGUGACCGAAGAUCCUUCGACAUCAACCACCGAAAGGGUAACUGACACUCCCACAAGUUCAACCACUGAGAUCGUGACCGAAGUUACUUCGACAUCAACCACCGAAAGGGUAACUGACGCACCCACAAGUUCAACCACUGUGAUCGUGACCGAAGGUCCUUCGACAUCAACCACUGAGGAGGUAACUGACGCUCCGACAAGUUCAACCACUGAGAUCGUGACCGAAGAUCCUUCGACAUCAAACACUGACAAGGUUACUGACACUCCCACAAGUUCAACCACUGAGAUCGUGACCGAAGAUCCUUCGACAUCAACCACUGAGGAGGUUACUGACACUCCCACAAGUUCAACCAUUGAGAUCGUGACCGAAGAUCCUUCGACAUCAACCACUGAGGAGGUUACUGACACUCCCACAAGUUCAACCACUGAGAUCGUGACCGAAGAUCCUUCGACAUCAACCACUGAGGAGGUAACUGACGCUCCGACAAGUUCAACCACUGAAAUCGUGACCGAAGAUCCUUCGACAUCAACCACCGAAAGGGUAACUGACGCACCCACAAGUUCAACCACUGAGAUCGUGACCGAAGAUCCUUCGACAUCAACCACUGAGGAGGUUACUGACACUCCCACAAGUUCAACCACUGAGAUCGUGACCGAUGAUCCUUCGACAUCAACCACUGAGGAGGUUACUGACACUCCCACAAGUUCAACCACUGAGAUCGUGACCGAAGAUCCUUCGACAUCAACCACUGAGAAGGUUACUGACACUCCCACAAGUUCAACCAUUGAGAUCGUGACCGAAGAUCCUUCGACAUCAACCACUGAGGAGGUUACUGACACUCCCACGAGUUCAACCACUGAGAUCGUGACCGAAGAUCCUUCGACAUCAACCACUGAGGAGGUAACUGACGCUCCGACAAGUUCAACCACUGAGAUCGUGACCGAAGAUCCUUCGACAUCAACCACUGAGGACGUAACUGACGCUCCUACAAGUUCAACCACUGAGAUCGUGACCGAUGAUCCUUCGACAUCAACCACUGAGGACGUAACUGACGCUCCUACAAGUUCAACCACUGAGAUCGUGACCGAAGAUCCUUCGACAUCAACCUCCGAAAGGGUAACUGACGCAUCCACAAGUACAACCACUGAGAUCGUGACCAAAGAUCCUUCGACAUCAACCACUGAGGAGGUUACUGACACUCCCACAAGUUCAACCAUUGAGAUCGUGACCGAAGAUCCUUCGACAUCAACCACUGAGGAGGUUACUGACACUCCCACAAGUUCAACCACUGAGAUCGUGACCGAAGAUCCUUCGACAUCAACCACUGAGGAGGUAACUGACGCUCCGACAAGUUCAACCACUGAAAUCGUGACCGAAGAUCCUUCGACAUCAACCACUGAGGAGGUUACUGACACUCCCACAAGUUCAACCACUGAGAUCGUGACCGAAGAUCCUUCGACAUCAACCACCGAAAGGGUAACUGACGCACCCACAAGUUCAACCACUGAGAUCGUGACCGAAGAUCCUUCGACAUCAACCACUGAGGAGGUAACUGACGCUCCGACAAGUUCAACCACUGAGAUCGUGACCGAAGAUCCUUCGACAUCAACCACCGAAAGGGUAACUGACGCAUCCACAAGUACAACCACUGAGAUCGUGACCGAAGAUCCUUCGACAUCAACCACUGAGGAGGUUACUGACACUCCCACAAGUUCAACCACUGAGAUCGUGACCGAAGAUCCUUCGACAUCAACCACUGAGGAGGUAACUGACGCUCCCACAAGUUCAACCACUGAGAUCGUGACCGAAGAUCCUUCGACAUCAACCACUGAGGAGGUAACUGACGCUCCGACAAGUUCAACCACUGAGAUCGUGACCGAAGAUCCUUCGACAUCAACCACUGAGGAGGUAACUGACGCUCCGACAAGUUCAACCACUGAGAUCGUGACCGAAGAUCCUUCGACAUCAACCACCGAAAGGGUAACUGACGCAUCCACAAGUACAACCACUGAGAUCGUGACCGAAGAUCCUUCGACAUCAACCACUGAGAAGGUUACUGACACUCCCACAAGUUCAACCACUGAGAUCGUGACCGAAGAUCCUUCGACAUCAACCACUGAGGAGGUAACUGACGCUCCCACAAGUUCAACCACUGAGAUCGUGACCGAAGAUCCUUCGACAUCAACCACUGAGGACGUAACUGACGCUCCUACAAGUUCAACCACUGAGAUCGUGACCGAAGAUCCUUCGACAUCAACCACCGAAAGGGUAACUGACGCACCCACAAGUUCAACCACUGAGAUCGUGACCGAUGAUCCUUCGACAUCAACCACCGAAAGGGUAACUGACGCACCCACAAGUUCAACCACUGAGAUCGUGACCGAUGAUCCUUCGACAUCAACCACUGAAGAGGUUACUGACACUCCCACAAGUUCAACCACUGAGAUCGUGACCGAAGAUCCUUCGACAUCAACCACCGAAAGGGUAACUGACGCACCCACAAGUUCAACCACUGAGAUCGUGACCGAUGAUCCUUCGACAUCAACCACUGAGGAGGUUACUGACACUCCCACUAGUUCAACCACUGAGAUCGUGACCGAAGAUCCUUCGACAUCAACCACUGAGAAGGUUACUGACACUCCCACAAGUUCAACCAUUGAGAUCGUGACCGAAGAUCCUUCGACAUCAACCACUGAGGAGGUUACUGACACUCCCACGAGUUCAACCACUGAGAUCGUGACCGAAGAUCCUUCGACAUCAACCACUGAGGAGGUAACUGACGCUCCGACAAGUUCAACCACUGAGAUCGUGACCGAAGAUCCUUCGACAUCAACCACUGAGGACGUAACUGACGCUCCUACAAGUUCAACCACUGAGAUCGUGACCGAUGAUCCUUCGACAUCAACCACUGAGGACGUAACUGACGCUCCUACAAGUUCAACCACUGAGAUCAUGACCGAAGAUCCUUCGACAUCAACCUCCGAAAGGGUAACUGACGCAUCCACAAGUACAACCACUGAGAUCGUGACCGAAGAUCCUUCGACAUCAACCACUGAGGAGGUUACUGACACUCCCACAAGUUCAACCACUGAGAUCGUGACCGAUGAUCCUUCGACAUCAACCACUGAGGAGGUAACUGACGCUCCGACAAGUUCAACCACUGAGAUCGUGACCGAAGAUCCUUCGACAUCAACCACUGAGGAGGUUACUGACACUCCCACAAGUUCAACCACUGAGAUCGUGACCGAUGAUCCUUCGACAUCAACCAAUGAGGAGGUAACUGACGCUCCCACAAGUUCAACCACUGAGAUCGUGACCGAAGAUCCUUCGACAUCAACCACCGAAAGGGUAACUGACGCACCCACAAGUUCAACCACUGAGAUCGUGACCGAAGAUCCUUCGACAUCAACCACCGAAAGGGUAACUGACACUCCCACAAGUUCAACCACUGAGAUCGUGACCGAAGUUACUUCGACAUCAACCACCGAAAGGGUAACUGACGCACCCACAAGUUCAACCACUGUGAUCGUGACCGAAGGUCCUUCGACAUCAACCACUGAGGAGGUAACUGACGCUCCGACAAGUUCAACCACUGAGAUCGUGACCGAAGAUCCUUCGACAUCAACCACCGAAAGGGUAACUGACGCACCCACAAGUUCAACCACUGAGAUCGUGACCGAUGAUCCUUCGACAUCAACCACCGAAAGGGUAACUGACGCACCCACAAGUUCAACCACUGAGAUCGUGACCGAAGAUCCUUCGACAUCAACCACCGAAAGGGUAACUGACGCACCCACAAGUUCAACCACUGAGAUCGUGACCGAUGAUCCUUCGACAUCAACCACUGAGGAGGUUACUGACACUCCCACUAGUUCAACCAUUGAGAUCGUGACCGAAGAUCCUUCGACAUCAACCACUGAGGAGGUUACUGACACUCCCACGAGUUCAACCACUGAGAUCGUGACCGAAGAUCCUUCGACAUCAACCACUGAGGAGGUAACUGACGCUCCGACAAGUUCAACCACUGAGAUCGUGACCGAAGAUCCUUCGACAUCAACCACUGAGGACGUAACUGACGCUCCUACAAGUUCAACCACUGAGAUCGUGACCGAUGAUCCUUCGACAUCAACCACUGAGGACGUAACUGACGCUCCUACAAGUUCAACCACUGAGAUCAUGACCGAAGAUCCUUCGACAUCAACCUCCGAAAGGGUAACUGACGCAUCCACAAGUACAACCACUGAGAUCGUGACCGAAGAUCCUUCGACAUCAACCACUGAGGAGGUUACUGACACUCCCACAAGUUCAACCACUGAGAUCGUGACCGAUGAUCCUUCGACAUCAACCACUGAGGAGGUAACUGACGCUCCGACAAGUUCAACCACUGAGAUCGUGACCGAAGAUCCUUCGACAUCAACCACUGAGGAGGUUACUGACACUCCCACAAGUUCAACCACUGAGAUCGUGACCGAAGAUCCUUCGACAUCAACCACUGAGGAGGUAACUGACGUUCCGACAAGUUCAACCACUGAGAUCGUGACCGAAGAUCCUUCGAUAUCAACCACUGAGGAGGUAACUGACGCUCCCACAAGUUCAACCACUGAGAUCGUGACCGAAGAUCCUUCGACAUCAACCACUGAGGAGGUAACUGACGCUCCCACAAGUUCAACCACUGAGAUCGUGACCGAAGAUCCUUCGACAUCAACCACUGAGGAGGUAACUGACGCUCCCACAAGUUCAACCACUGAGAUCGUGACCGAAGAUCCUUCGACAUCAACCACUGAGGACGUAACUGACGCUCCUACAAGUUCAACCACUGAGAUCGUGACCGAAGAUCCUUCGACAUCAACCACCGAAAGGGUAACUGACGCACCCACAAGUUCAACCACUGAGAUCGUGACCGAUGAUCCUUCGACAUCAACCACUGAGGAGGUUACUGACACUCCCACGAGUUCAACCACUGAGAUCGUGACGGAAGAUCCUUCGACAUCAACCACUGAGGAGGUAACUGACGCUCCGACAAGUUCAACCACUGAGAUCGUGACCGAAGAUCUUUCGACAUCAACCACUGAGGACGUAACUGACGCUCCUACAAGUUCAACCACUGAGAUCGUGACCGAAGAUCCUUCGACAUCAACCUCCGAAAGGGUAACUGACGCAUCCACAAGUACAACCACUGAGAUCGUGACCGAAGAUCCUUCGACAUCAACCACUGAGGACGUAACUGACGCUCCUACAAGUUCAACCACUGAGAUUGUGACCGAAGAUCCUUCGACAUCAACCACUGAGGAGGUUACUGAUACUCCCACAAGUUCAACCACUGAGAUCGUGACCGAAGAUCCUUCGACAUCAACCACUGAGGAGGUAACUGACGCUCCGACAAGUUCAACCACUGAGAUCGUGACCGAAGAUCCUUCGACAUCAACCACCGAAAGGGUAACUGACGCAUCCACAAGUACAACCACUGAGAUCGUGACCGAAGAUCCUUCGACAUCAACCACUGAGGAGGUUACUGACACUCCCACAAGUUCAACCACUGAGAUCGUGACCGAAGAUCCUUCGACAUCAACCACUGAGGAGGUAACUGAUGCUCCCACAAGUUCAACCACUGAGAUCGUGACCGAAGAUCCUUCGACAUCAACCACUGAGGACGUAACUGACGCUCCUACAAGUUCAACCACUGAGAUCGUGACCGAAGAUCCUUCGACAUCAACCACCGAAAGGGUAACUGACGCUCCCACAAGUUCAACCACUGAGAUCGUGACCGAUGAUCCUUCGACAUCAACCACUGAGGAGGUUACUGACACUCCCACAAGUUCAACCACUGAGAUCGUGACCGAAGAUCCUUCGACAUCAACCACCGAAAGGGUAACUGACGCACCCACAAGUUCAACCACUGAGAUCGUGACCGAUGAUCCUUCGACAUCAACCACUGAGGAGGUAACUGACGCUCCGACAAGUUCAACCACUGAGAUCGUGACCGAAGAUCCUUCGACAUCAACCACCGAAAGGGUAACUGACGCAUCCACAAGUACAACCACUGAGAUCGUGACCGAAGAUCCUUCGACAUCAACCACUGAGGACGUAACUGACGCUCCUACAAGUUCAACCACUGAGAUCGUGACCGAAGAUCCUUCGACAUCAACCACUGAGGAUGUAACUGACGCUCCCACAAGUUCAACCACUGAGAUCGUGACCGAAGAUCCUUCGACAUCAACCACUGAGGAGGUAACUGACGCUCCCACAAGUUCAACCACUGAGAUCGUGACCGAAGAUCCUUCGACAUCAACCACCGAAAGGGUAACUGACGCAUCCACAAGUACAACCACUGAGAUCGUGACCGAAGAUCCUUCGACAUCAACCACUGAGGAUGUAACUGACGCUCCGACAAGUUCAACCACUGAGAUCGUGACCGAAGAUCCUUCGACAUCAACCACUGAGAAGGUUACUGACACUCCCACAAGUUCAACCACUGAGAUCGUGACCGAAGAUCCUUCGACAUCAACCACUGAGGAGGUUACUGACACUCCCACAAGUUCAACCACUGAGAGCGUGACCGAAGAUCCUUCAACAUCAACCACUGAGGAGGUAACUGACGCUCCCACAAGUUCAACCACUGAGAUCGUGACCGAAGAUCCUUCGACAUCAACCACUGAGGAGGUUACUGACACUCCCACAAGUUCAACCACUGAGAGCGUGACCGAAGAUCCUUCGACAUCAACCACUGAGGAUGUAACUGACGCUCCCACAAGUUCAACCACUGAGAUUGUGACCGAAGAUCCUUCGACAUCAAGAACUGAGGAGGUAACUGACGCUCCGACAAGUUCAACCACUGAGAUCGUAACCGACGAUCCUUCGACAUCAACCACCGAAAGGGUAACUGACGCACCCACAAGUUCAACCACUGAGAUCGUGACCGAUGAUCCUUCGACAUCAACCACUGAGGAGGUAACUGACGCUCCGACAAGUUCAACCACUGAGAUCGUGACCGAAGAUCCUUCGACAUCAACCACUGAGGAUGUAACUGACACUCCCACAAGUUCAACCACUGAGAUCGUGACCGAAGAUCCUUCCACAUCAACCACUGAGGAGGUAACUGACGCUCCGACAAGUUCAACCACUGAGAUCGUGACCGAAGAUCCUUCGACAUCAACCACCGAAAGGGUAACUGACGCAUCCACAAGUACAACCACUGAGAUCGUGACCGAAGAUCCUUCGACAUCAACCACUGAGGAUGUAACUGACGCUCCCACAAGUUCAACCACUGAGAUCGUGACCGAAGAUCCUUCGACAUCAACCACCGAAAGGGUAACUGACGCAUCCACAAGUACAACCACUGAGAUCGUGACCGAAGAUCCUUCGACAUCAACCACUGAGGAGGUAACUGACGCUCCCACAAGUUCAACCACUGAGAUCGUGACCGAUAAUCCUUCGACAUCAACCACUGAGGAGGUAACUGACGCUCCCACAAGUUCACCCACUGAGAUCGUGACCGAAGAUCCUUCGACAUCAACCACCGAAAGGGUAACUGACGCACCCACAAGUUCAACCACUGAGAUCGUGACCGAUGAUCCUUCGACAUCAACCACUGAGGAGGUAACUGACGCUCCGACAAGUUCAACCACUGAGAUCGUAACCGAAGAUCCUUCGACAUCAACCACUGAGGAGGUAACUGACGCUCCGACAAGUUCAACCACUGAGAUCGUGACCGAAGAUCCUUCGACAUCAACCACCGAAAGGGUAACUGACGCAUCCACAAGUACAACCACUGAGAUCGUGACCGAAGAUCCUUCGACAUCAACCACUGAGGAGGUUACUGACACUCCCACAAGUUCAACCACUGAGAUCGUGACCGAUGAUCCUUCGACAUCAACCACUGAGGAGGUAACUGACGCUCCGACAAGUUCAACCACUGAGAUCGUGACCGAAGAUCCUUCCACAUCAACCACUGAGGAGGUAAAUGACGCUCCGACAAGUUCAACCACUGAGAUCGUGACCGAAGAUCCUUCGACAUCAACCACCGAAAGGGUAACUGACGCAUCCACAAGUACAACCACUGAGAUCGUGACCGAAGAUCCUUCGACUUCAACCACUGAGGAGGUAACUGACGCUCCCACAAGUUCACCCACUGAGAUCGUGACCGAAGAUCCUUCGACAUCAACCACCGAAAGGGUAACUGACGCAUCCACAAGUACAACCACUGAGAUCGUGACCGAAGAUCCUUCGACAUCAACCACUGAGGAGGUAACUGACGCUCCCACAAGUUCAACCACUGAGAUCGUGACCGAAGAUCCUUCGACAUCAACCACUGAGGAGGUAACUGACGCUCCCACAAGUUCAACCACUGAGAUCGUGACCGAUGAUCCUUCGACAUCAACCACUGAGGAGAUAACUGACGCUCCCACAAGUUCACCCACUGAGAUCGUGACCGAAGAUCCUUCGACAUCAACCACUGAGGAGGUUACUGACACUCCCACAAGUUCAACCACUGAGAUCGUGACCGAUGAUCCUUCGACAUCAACCACUGAGGAGGUAACUGACGCUCCCACAAGUUCAACCACUGAGAUCGUGACCGAAGAUCCUUCGACAUCAACCACUGAGGACGUAACUGACGCUCCGACAAGUUCAACCACUGAGAUCGUGACCGAAGAUCCUUCGACAUCAACCACCGAAAGGGUAACUGACGCAUCCACAAGUACAACCACUGAGAUCGUGACCGAAGAUCCUUCGACAUCAACCACUGAGGAGGUUACUGACACUCCCACAAGUUCAACCACUGAGAUCGUGACCGAAGAUCCUUCGACAUCAACCACUGAGGAGGUUACUGACACUCCCACAAGUUCAACCACUGAGAUCGUGACCGAAGAUCCUUCGACAUCAACCACUGAGGAGGUUACUGACGCUCCGACAAGUUCAACCACUGAGAUCGUUACCGAAGAUCCUUCGACAUCAACCACCGAAAGGGUAACUGACGCACCCACAAGUUCAACCACUGAGAUCGUGACCGAUGAUCCUUCGACAUCAACCACUGAGGAGGUAACUGACGCUCCGACAAGUUCAACCACUGAGAUCAUGACCGAAGAUCCUUCGACAUCAACCACUGAGAAGGUUACUGACACUCCCACAAGUUCAACCACUGAGAUCGUGACCGAAGAUCCUUCGACAUCAACCACUGAGGAGGUAACUGACGCUCCCACAAGUUCAACCACUGAGAUCGUGACCGAAGAUCCUUCGACAUCAACCACCGAAAGGGUAACUGACGCAUCCACAAGUACAACCACUGAGAUCGUGACCGAAGAUCCUUCGACAUCAACCACUGAGGAGGUAACUGACGCUCCCACAAGUUCACCCACUGAGAUCGUGACCGAAGAUCCUUCGACAUCAACCACCGAAAGGGUAACUGACGCAUCCACAAGUACAACCACUGAGAUCGUGACCGAAGAUCCUUCGACAUCAACCACUGAGGAGGUAACUGACGCUCCCACAAGUUCAACCACUGAGAUCGUGACCGAAGAUCCUUCGACAUCAACCACUGAGGAGGUAACUGACGCUCCCACAAGUUCAACCACUGAGAUCGUGACCGAUGAUCCUUCGACAUCAACCACUGAGGAGAUAACUGACGCUCCCACAAGUUCACCCACUGAGAUCGUGACCGAAGAUCCUUCGACAUCAACCACUGAGGAGGUUACUGACACUCCCACAAGUUCAACCACUGAGAUCGUGACCGAUGAUCCUUCGACAUCAACCACUGAGGAGGUAACUGACGCUCCCACAAGUUCAACCACUGAGAUCGUGACCGAAGAUCCUUCGACAUCAACCACUGAGGACGUAACUGACGCUCCGACAAGUUCAACCACUGAGAUCGUGACCGAAGAUCCUUCGACAUCAACCACCGAAAGGGUAACUGACGCAUCCACAAGUACAACCACUGAGAUCGUGACCGAAGAUCCUUCGACAUCAACCACUGAGGAGGUUACUGACACUCCCACAAGUUCAACCACUGAGAUCGUGACCGAAGAUCCUUCGACAUCAACCACUGAGGAGGUUACUGACACUCCCACAAGUUCAACCACUGAGAUCGUGACCGAAGAUCCUUCGACAUCAACCACUGAGGAGGUUACUGACGCUCCGACAAGUUCAACCACUGAGAUCGUUACCGAAGAUCCUUCGACAUCAACCACCGAAAGGGUAACUGACGCACCCACAAGUUCAACCACUGAGAUCGUGACCGAUGAUCCUUCGACAUCAACCACUGAGGAGGUAACUGACGCUCCGACAAGUUCAACCACUGAGAUCAUGACCGAAGAUCCUUCGACAUCAACCACUGAGAAGGUUACUGACACUCCCACAAGUUCAACCACUGAGAUCGUGACCGAAGAUCCUUCGACAUCAACCACUGAGGAGGUAACUGACGCUCCCACAAGUUCAACCACUGAGAUCGUGACCGAAGAUCCUUCGACAUCAACCACCGAAAGGGUAACUGACGCAUCCACAAGUACAACCACUGAGAUCGUGACCGAAGAUCCUUCGACAUCAACCACUGAGGAGGUAACUGACGCUCCCACAAGUUCAACCACUGAGAUCGUGACCGAUAAUCCUUCGACAUCAACCACUGAGGAGGUAACUGACGCUCCCACAAGUUCACCCACUGAGAUCGUGACCGAAGAUCCUUCGACAUCAACCACCGAAAGGGUAACUGACGCAUCCACAAGUACAACCACUGAGAUCGUGACCGAAGAUCCUUCGAUAUCAACCACUGAGGAGGUAACUGACACUCCCACAAGUUCAACCACUGAGAUCGUGACCGAUGAUCCUUCGACAUCAACCACUGAGGAGGUAACUGACGCUCCCACAAGUUCAACCACUGAGAUCGUGACCGAAGAUCCUUCGACAUCAACCACUGAGGACGUAACUGACGCUCCGACAAGUACAACCACUGAGAUCGUGACCGAAGAUCCUUCGACAUCAACCACUGAGAAGGUUACUGACACUCCCACAAUUUCAACCACUGAGAUCGUGACCGAAGAUCCUUCGACAUCAACCACUGAGGAGGUUACUGACACUCCCACAAGUUCAACCACUGAGAUCGUGACCGAUGAUCCUUCGACAUCAACCACUGAGGAGGUAACUGACGCUCCCACAAGUUCAACCACUGAGAUUGUGACCGAAGAUCCUUCGACAUCAACCACUGAGGACGUAACUGACGCUCCGACAAGUACAACCACUGAGAUCGUGACCGAAGAUCCUUCGACAUCAACCUCUGAGGAGGUUACUGACACUCCCACAAGUUCAACCACUGAGAUCGUGACCGAUGAUCCUUCGACAUCAACCACUGAGGAGGUAACUGACGCUCCCACAAGUUCAACCACUGAGAUCGUGACCGAAGAUCCUUCGACAUCAACCACUGAGGAGGUUACUGACGCUCCGACAAGUUCAACCACUGAGAUCGUAACCGAAGAUCCUUCGACAUCAACCACUGAGGAGGUAACUGACGCUCCGACAAGUUCAACCACUGAGAUCGUGACCGAAAAUCCUGCGACGAUCGAAGAGAGUGAGAAAACGACCACUGUUAAUGUUGUAACUACACCACGCCCAAUAUGCCCACCCGGUCACUCUGGAAUUGUUCCUGACCCAGAAAGAUGUGACAAAUUUUACAUUUGUACGGGCGGGAUUGUCCUUCCCCCUAGUUAUUGUGGACCUGGCGAAGAAUUUGACCCCAACACUAAAAGGUGUGUGGCUAUAUCUGAAAACGGUUGUUUCGCCAAUCAAAACAAGACUACUUCAACAGAAACAACAACAGAUUAUACUGAAACACCUGAAGAGGGGGAAACAUCAUCUGUGUCAUCUAAAACCACAAUAAAUGAUGUAACUAUUGAUCCAAUAGAAACAACGACAAUUAUUACCUGUGAGCCUGGCUUCACUGGAUUGUUACCGCAUCCUGUUUAUUGCAAUAAAUUUAUUAAUUGUUCUGCUGGAGAAGCCUUAAUAGGUCUUUGCGCUUCAGGAAAAGAAUUUGAUCCAAAUUCUCAACAAUGUGUUCCAAUAUCUAAGGAUGGUUGCUAUUCUUCAAAAGGCACUUCUACCACGACAGAAGCCGAGCAGACAACUCAUAAUACUAAAUCUACUACUACUGAAGUUAUAGAAACAACUACAAUUAUCAUUUGUCCAUCUGGUUAUUCAGGGCUAAUAGCUGAUCCGGAACGAUGUGAUAAAUUUUAUAUUUGUACGGGCGGAGUUCUUUUACCUCCACAAUACUGCGGCCCUGGUGAAGAGUUUGAUCCUGAUGUGCAAAGAUGUGUACGAAUAAGUGAAAAUGGAUGUAAUGCCAGAAGGAGAGUAUCAUCAACGACAAAAGAACCCUCAACUGACUUUACUGCUUUAACAUCUGAAGAUGGAAGUUCAGCAACCACAACAAAUGAGGAAUCAAGUGUCGUAUCAACCGAUACGACAACUACAACUAAAGUAACAACUGACCAUAGUAGCACAGAUGGAGGAGAAAGUGAGAAAACGACCACUGUUAAUGUAGCAACUACACCACGCACCAUAUGCCCUCCCGGUCACUCUGGAAUGGUUGCUGACCCAGAAAGAUGUGACAAAUUUUACAUUUGUACGGGCGGGAUUGUCCUUCCUCCUAAUUAUUGUGGACCUGGCGAAGAAUUUGACCCCAACACUCAAAGGUGUGUGGCUAUAUCUGAAAACGGUUGUUUCGCCAAUCAAAACAAGACUACUUCAACAGAAACAACAACAGAUUAUACUGAAACACCUGAAGAGGGGGAAACAUCAUCUGUGUCAUCUAAAACCACAAUAAAUGAUGUAACUAUUGAUCCAAUAGAAACAACGACAAUUAUUACCUGUGAGCCUGGCUUCACUGGAUUGUUACCGCAUCCUGUUUAUUGCAAUAAAUUUAUUAAUUGUUCUGCUGGAAAAGCCUUAAUAGGUCUUUGCGCUUCAGGAAAAGAAUUUGAUCCAAAUUCGCAACAAUGUGUUGCAAUAUCUAAGGAUGGUUGCUAUUCUUCAAAAGACACUUCUACCACGACAGAAGCCGAGCAGACAACUCAUAAUACUAAAUCUACUACUUCUGAAGUUAUAGAAACAACUACAAUUACCAUUUGUCCGUCUGGAUAUUCAGGGCUAAUAGCUGAUCCAGAACGAUGUGAUAAAUUUUAUAUUUGUACGGGCGGAGUUCUUUUACCUCCACAAUACUGUGGCCCUGGUGAAGAGUUUGAUCCUGAUGUGCAAAGAUGUGUACGAAUAAGCGAAAAUGGAUGUAAUGCCAGAAGGAGAGUAUCAUCAACGACAAAAGAACCCUCAACUGACUUUACUGCUUUAACAUCUGAAGAUGGAAGUUCAGCAACCACAACAAAUCAGGAAUCAAGUGUACCCGAUACGACAACUACAACUAAAGUAACAACUGACCAUAGUAGCACAGAUGGAGGAGAAAGUGAGAAAAUGACCACUGUUAACGUAGCAACUACACCACGCACCAUAUGCCCUCCCGGUCACUCUGGAAUGGUUGCUGACCCAGAAAGAUGUGACAAAUUUUACAUUUGUACGGGCGGGAUUGUCCUUCCCCUAAUUAUUGCGGACCUGGCGAAGAAUUUGACCCCAACACUCAAGUGUGUGGCUAUAUCUGAAAACGGUUGUUUCGCCAAUCAAAACAAGACUACUUCAACAGAAACAACAACAGAUUAUACUGAAACACCUGAAGAGGGGGAAACAUCAUCUGUGUCAUCUAAAACCACAAUAAAUGAUGUAACUAUUGAUCCAAUAGAAACAACGACAAUUAUUACCUGUGAGCCUGGCUUCACUGGAUUGUUACCGCAUCCUGUUUAUUGCAAUAAAUUUAUUAAUUGUUCUGCUGGAAAAGCCUUAAUAGGUCUUUGCGCUUCAGGAAAAGAAUUUGAUCCAAAUUCGCAACAAUGUGUUGCAAUAUCUAAGGAUGGUUGCUAUUCUUCAAAAGACACUUCUACCACGACAGAAGCUGAGCAGACAACUCAUAAUACUAAAUCUACUACUUCUGAAGUUAUAGAAACAACUACAAUUACCAUUUGUCCAUCUGGAUAUUCAGGGCUAGUAGCUGAUCCAGAACGAUGUGAUAAAUUUUAUAUUUGUACGGGCGGAGUUCUUUUACCUCCACAAUACUGUGGCCCUGGUGAAGAGUUUGAUCCUGAUGUGCAAAGAUGUGUACGAAUAAGCGAAAAUGGAUGUAAUGCCAGAAGGAGAGUAUCAUCAACGACAAAAGAACCCUCAACUGACUUUACUGCUUUAACAUCUGAAGAUGGAAGUUCAGCAACCACAACAAAUCAGGAAUCAAGUGUACCCGAUACGACAACUACAACUAAAGUAACAACUGACCAUAGUAGCACAGAUGGAGGAGAAAGUGAGAAAAUGACCACUGUUAACGUAGCAACUACACCACGCACCAUAUGCCCUCCCGGUCACUCUGGAAUGGUUGCUGACCCAGAAAGAUGUGACAAAUUUUACAUUUGUACGGGCGGGAUUGUCCUUCCCCCUAAUUAUUGCGGACCUGGCGAAGAAUUUGACCCCAACACUCAAAGGUGUGUGGCUAUAUCUGAAAACGGUUGUUUCGCCAAUCAAAACAAGACUACUUCAACAGAAACAACAACAGAUUAUACUGAAACACCUGAAGAGGGGGAAACAUCAUCUGUGUCAUCUAAAACCACAAUAAAUGAUGUAACUAUUGAUCCAAUAGAAACAACGACAAUUAUUACCUGUGAGCCUGGCUUCACUGGAUUGUUACCGCAUCCUGUUUAUUGCAAUAAAUUUAUUAAUUGUUCUGCUGGAAAAGCCUUAAUAGGUCUUUGCGCUUCAGGAAAAGAAUUUGAUCCAAAUUCGCAACAAUGUGUUGCAAUAUCUAAGGAUGGUUGCUAUUCUUCAAAAGACACUUCUACCACGACAGAAGCUGAGCAGACAACUCAUAAUACUAAAUCUACUACUUCUGAAGUUAUAGAAACAACUACAAUUACCAUUUGUCCAUCUGGAUAUUCAGGGCUAGUAGCUGAUCCAGAACGAUGUGAUAAAUUUUAUAUUUGUACGGGCGGAGUUCUUUUACCUCCACAAUACUGUGGCCCUGGUGAAGAGUUUGAUCCUGAUGUGCAAAGAUGUGUACGAAUAAGCGAAAAUGGAUGUAAUGCCAGAAGGAGAGUAUCAUCAACGACAAAAGAACCCUCAACUGACUUUACUGCUUUAACAUCUGAAGAUGGAAGUUCAGCAACCACAACAAAUGAGGAAUCAAGUAUACCCGAUUCGACAACUACAACUAAAGUAACAACUGACCAUAGUAGCACAGAUGGAGGAGAAAGUGAGAAAACGACCACUGUUAAUGUAGCAACUACACCACGCACCAUAUGCCCUCCCGGUCACUCUGGAAUGGUUGCUGACCCAGAAAGAUGUGACAAAUUUUACAUUUGUACCGGCGGAGUUCUUUUACCUCCACUAUACUGUGGCUCUGGUGAAGAGUUUGAUCCUGAUGUGCAAGGGUGUGUACGAAUAAGCGAAAAUGGAUGUCAUGUCAGAAGGAGAGUAUCAUCAACGACAAAAGAACCCUCAACUGACUUUACUGCUUUAACAUCUGAAGAUGGAAGUUCAGCCACCACAACAAAUAAGGAAUCUAGUGUAGCCGAUAAGACAACUACAACUAAAGUAACAACUGACCAUAGUAGCACAGAUGGAGGAGAAAGUGAGAAAACGACCACUGUUAAUGUAGCAACUACACCACGCACCAUAUGCCCUCCCGGUCACUCUGGAAUGGUUGCUGACCCAGAAAGAUGUGACAAAUUUUACAUUUGUACCGGCGGGAUUGUCCUACCUCCGUUAUAUUGUGAACAAGGCAAGGAAUUUGAUCCAGCAAAACAAACUUGUGUGCCAAUAUCUCCGUCUGGAUGUACUGCAUCUAAAUCCUAAAAAUUUUGGGAAUCUGUAAAUUGCUAGGAGUUACAAAUUACAAUUAGAUUAACGACAAUGUGGAAUCUGAUUCGUCAUUUUCAUCCAGACAGCAAAGCGCCAGGCGGAAAUGUAUGAACCCGGAGAAAUUGCCGUUUUUUUUUACAUAUAAUAAGAGAUGUAACUUAAAUUUUCAUAAACCAAAACCUUAAUUAUUGUCCUAAAGCAAUAACAUGCAUAUUUAUUGUAAAUAAAAUAAAGCUUUGUCAAUUUUU